GCCAGAGGCCCCGUACACUGUGGUCAUGACAUGGUGCCAGGCACUCUGGGGCCAGUCUGGCGUCUGGCACUGAGAGAGGCACUCUCCCUCGCCACCCCUCACUCCUUACAGAAUAACGUUCAUCUUUAGUCUUGGUGAUGACUGUUGAAUUAUAAAGAAAAACAAUUUGAUAUUUUACAAUAAAAAAUUAACUUGAGAAACCACUUACAAAAUUCACAGAGGCAUUUACUUUCUCAUUAUUAUCUAAUGAUAAAAUGGAACAUGUAAAAUUUUCUCAGAGAUCAUAUAAAGAUACAUGAAAUAAAAAAAAGAAAACACACAGAAAGAAAGAAUAUUAAAAACAAAUAUACGAUAACAUUACUGGAAACGCAAGUGAUGGAAGCUGGGUGCAGGCGACGUGCACGGUCAGUGUUGGGUUGGCGCCGCUGCUGCUGCUGUAGAGGAGACUGAGCCUUGUGGUACCUACACUUAAGGUUUACUCUACCCCUCAUGCUGCUCACCCUCCACAUCUCACAGGAUGGUAUUCACGUGGUUGAAGAUGGGCAAGUGCAGCUGGAGCGGGUUCGAGCGUGGCGUAAAGUUGGUGAUCACGUUUGUGUUCAGCCACGUUGGGUUGUGUGCCUUCGUGGCCGGCUACUCUGUGGCAGGAGCCUUCCUCUUCAAGGAACUGGAGCAGAAACACAUCGAGGUACACUACGAGCCUCUCCGCCACCGUUCUGCCUGCUUUCACGACCUCUACAACAUCACAGAACGCGCGGGGGAGGAGUUGAGCUCAAGGGACUGGCGGGAGAUCUUCAACUCGACGCGGUGGCAGGAAGAGGUAAUGGAAAGACUGACCGACUUCGAGGAUCGGCUGGUGACGGCCGUGAGUAACCAGCUCUACGACCAAGAUCCAGACAAGCAGCGCGAAAGAUGGAGUAUCAUCGGCUCUCUCUUCUACUGCGUCACCGUCAUCACCACCAUAGGUUACGGACACGUUUCCCCAAAGACAUGGGAGGGGAAGAUGGUGACGAUUGUGUAUGCCAUCAUGGGCAUCCCUCUAAUGUUACUUUGUCUCACCAACAUUGGCAACUCCAUGGCUGUCUCUUUCAGGUUCAUGUACCGACGGGUGUGCUGUGUCUGCUGCAGGAACACUGAAGAGGAAGACGACCAACAACCCUCCUCUACCACCCUCCAAACUCCCAGUGGGUCAACAGAGCCAGCAGCUCCACCGCCCUACACGCCACCACCCAGCUAUAAGCCCAGCAGGCGCAACAUGCUUAUCUCCCCGCCCAUCUCUGCCACCAUACAUCGAGGAUCGGACAACCCAUUCGCACUUCUUACUGGAGCCGAGCCCUCCAACUCCUCGUCCAAGACCUCCACACCACGACAUCCUCGUCCCUCCCAAACACACCUGAUUCUCCCUGAUGCAGAGGCCAACCGCAUUGUGGCAGAGUGUGCAGCAUACACAAAAACGACAGUGCCUGGACUGGUCAUCACCUCACUUGAACCCUCCCAUAAUGAAUGUCAUGACUAUGACACAGUGCCAAUGAAUAAUCACCUCUCGCCAUCCUCAACAACCCACCAAACACCUGAACCAUCAGCUCCAUCCUCUCCUCUGAGUCGAGAUGCUCCUACUGAGUGGACAGUGGCAAAAGAGAAUGGAGGUCCUCACAUAGUAAUCGAGGUUCAAACGGAUCAUCCCCCAUCCAACAACUCUACAAGACCCGGGUCUCCUGCACUCACCAGCUCUACACACCAUGCCUCUAGUACAUCCCUUGCUGCAAGCAGUAGUUUAAGUCGUCCAUGGCCUCGUCAAGAAUCUAGUUCGUCUACUGGAGGCCUUAUGCCAUAUGGAAGUGAGGGCGACGACUCACAAUUUGUGCAUGUCAGAGAGAGACCUCCUACCUCCCCAGGCAAAACUUUAGUAGUGUAUAAUACAUUAUCUGGAGACGCUUUGCUCGAACAGAGUAGAGUAGCACGCAGGAUGGCUCUCAUGAAUAAGGGAGGUUUUGGUCAAAUACGAGCUGAAGCCACUACAGUGUUUACGGAUCCAAUCACUGGGCAGGCAGUGAAUGGAGAUAUGCUUGGGCUCAGCUACCGACCAAUUCCUCCAGAUACGUCAGGUGCUGAUAAUCGAGUACCUAUUCCUAUUGUGAUGGCUUUUGUUGCGUCUUACAUUGGGGUCGGUGCUCUGUUAUUUGGGUGGUUGGAGGGUUGGUCACUCCUUGACGCUGGGUACUUCUGUUUCAUCACGCUCUCUACCAUAGGCUUCGGUGACUUUGUACCUGGCAAGUCACUUGGCUAUGAAACACAAGAAGCUCAAAUUAAACUUGUAACAGGAUCUCUAUACCUGAUGUUUGGUCUGGCUGUUCUUGCCAUGUCCUUCAACCUUGUGCAAGAAGAGGUUGUUCUAAAAUGUAAAGCAUUUGCCCUUUGGAUCGGAUUAAUGAAGGAAUAAUUUACCAAAACGCUCAUACCAGUACUGCAAUAACCAAAGAUCCUUCGGGUUUUAUAAAUUUAUAUUGAUUUCUCAAAUAGUCUUAACUAUAUGGAUUUAAUUUUACUUAUAAAAUACUUAAUUAGUGAAUGUAAUGCAAUGUUUCCAAUAUAUACAGAGUUUUUAAGUGAUCAAAUCUAUCUUAACGUGGAUAUGAUAUGUUCAAAAUAAACAAGAAUCUACAUUCUCAGCUUAUGCUCAAAACAAAUAGUCCUUGGUUAUACUAUAAAAUAUGUAAAGGAUGGUAACUCAUACAUGGCACAAAGAUGCAAGACUCAAGGACUAUGGCUGUGAUAAUUUUCUUUUGGCAGAAUGACAAAUCUUCGUCUGUAGCAAUUUUAUGUUCGGUUCUUAGAUCACCAGUGCUGACUAACACACCUAUUUAACACAAUAAUCUGAAACAUUAUACAGUAUUAUGCUUGAAUACAUUUCUUGACUAGUUUCUCUUGGUAUCCAACACACUUUUUAAUCUGAAAAUUUUAAAACUUGUUUCUAAUGAAUAUUUUUUAUAAUUCAUGCUGAUUAAUUUUCUUCAACAUCAGAUGCACAUUGGGUCACAUGUACAGGUAGAACAGUUAUCUUAUACUGUAUUAAUCAGAAAAGAUGUUAGGCUUUUGAACGGACAUUCUUUGAUAUUCUACUCACAAAAGAGGAGACAUAUGUACUUAAUGUACUGUAGUAGAGUACAGUUAAUUCAUUUACAGUACCAAAAGCAAGUGACCACCUUUAGCACAAACUCUGGUUGCUAGUCCUUUGGAAAAGUGAUUUACAGUAUUUUGAAUCGUUUUUGCAGUACAGGUACUUAAUAGUUAUGAUAUUGUCAGCUUAUGACACAACAUAUGCGUGUUCUUAUAGUUCCAGUAGAGAGCACUGAUAAAAAGAGCCACCCCUGAUGCUGCCAUACUAUCAGUUCUAUCAAAUUUUGUUUUCCUCGAUUGGUUUAGAUCCUAAUAUCCUCAAUUCUGUUGGACUAUUUUGUACUUGUUAUUCGUGCGUAGAUGUAGCCAAUGAAAGUAUUACAACUAAGUAAGUGCGAGAAAAUGUUCACAACCAUAUUUACCGAGAUUCAUUUCCAAUGAUUAGACCACAGGAUGUUGGAUCAUCUUUAAAUUGGAUAAUGCACAUAAACAAAGAGGGUGGCUCAGUUCACUGGACUAUAGAUGUUGAGGUUGAUGUUAUAAUAUAUUACUGCAUUCAACUAUAGUCUUUUAGGCUAAUAAAUAAAGUAAGUUAUACUUCUCUCUGGUAACUGAAGACACUCCUGCUAGGGCUGAAUUUAAGGCAGGACAAAUAUAGCAGCCGUUUAAGG